GCGCGCGCGCACGAUCAGCCACAGCGCGCCGGGGUUGGUUGCGGCGGGGACCGCGGCGGCGGCGGCGGCGGCCUGGACAGCCGUGGUUCCUUCUACUCCCCUUUUUAGUUCCUCCGCCCCCUCCCGUCCGACGCCGUGGUGUGGCUGCCUUAAAAAAACGCAACUUUAUUGUUCCUCAGCCCCACCUCCCGGCGCGGCGGGCGUCCUCAAGAUGCACUGGGGCUGAGGGGAGGGGAGGCGGCGGAGGGUCGAGGUCGCGGUCCCUCUCCUCCGAGCGCCCCGCCCGGCCGGAGGGGAGGGAGUCACGAUGUCUGGAAGCCGCCAGGCCGGGUCGGGCUCCGCUGGGACAAGCGCCGGCUCCUCGGCGGCCUCCUCGGUGACUUCCGCCUCUUCGUCCUUAUCCUCUUCCCCGUCGCCGCCUUCCGUGGCGGCUUCGGCGGCGGCGCCGGUGUCGGGUGGGGCGGCCCAGGCCGCCGGCUCGGGCGGCCUCGGGGGCUCGGUGCGGCCUGUGUUGGUGGCGCCCGCCGUGUCGGGCAGUGGCGGUGGGGCGGUGUCCACGGGCCUGUCCCGGCACAGCUGCGCGGCCAGGCCCAGUGCCGGCGUAGGAGGCAGCAGCUCCAGCCUAGGCAGCGGCAGCAGGAAGCGACCUCUGCUCGCCCCCCUCUGCAACGGGCUCAUCAACUCCUACGAGGACAAAAGCAACGACUUCGUAUGCCCCAUCUGCUUUGAUAUGAUUGAAGAAGCAUACAUGACAAAAUGUGGCCAUAGCUUUUGCUACAAGUGUAUUCAUCAGAGUUUGGAGGACAAUAAUAGAUGUCCAAAGUGUAACUAUGUUGUGGACAAUAUUGACCAUCUGUAUCCUAAUUUCUUGGUGAAUGAGCUUAUUCUCAAACAGAAGCAAAGAUGUGAGGAAAAGAGGUUCAAAUUGGACCACUCAGUGAGUAGCACCAAUGGCCACAGGUGGCAGAUAUUUCAAGAUCUGUUGGGAACUGACCAAGAUAACCUUGAUUUGGCCAAUGUCAAUCUUAUGUUGGAGUUACUAGUGCAGAAGAAGAAACAACUGGAAGCAGUAAGUGGUAGCUAAUCUUAAAAAUACAUGUAUUUUAAAUGAUGAACUUUAAUGCAAUGAAACAAAUCCGAAAUGUUUAAAAAUAAUAGGAUAGCUUCAGCAACUCAUUCAAUUUUACUCAGCUAGAAACAGCUACAAAGUGUCACUUCUGCUAGAUUCCUUCUUUUUUUUAUCUUAACAACUUCCAUACAUUAUAACUUAUUUGCAGUGACCAGCUUUUAUUAACAAAAGUUGAGUGUUAAAAAUCUCAAGAAAGUAAAGUUUCAUUUUCGUAAGAAAUAGUUUCGUUAGUCAUUUGUCUUCUAGUGAGUAUCUUCCUUGCCAUAUUGUCCCCUCUUCAUAUGUGAGAUUUGGAGGAGAAAUAGAGAUUAUUUUUAUCUACAUAAAAUUCUUUCAGCAGGUGUCCAUUAGUAGCAAUAGCAGUCUGUGAUAUAACUAAGAGCAUUUAAAGCGAUCUCUCCUAAAUACAUCUUAUUUCAUGUAAUGAGACGUAAAAUUCCAUUCAUUUUACGUAAAUGUUAAAAAUGUAAAAUGUGAAAUUCCAAAUAUUGGAAAUUGAAUGUGAUACAUUGUAAGCAACAUACACCUUAGCAUAAGCAAAUACUACCAUGAGGCUAAACAUAAAGGAGAUAUUUACUGAGACAGUAAGGUAGUGAGUAACACAUAUACACAAAAAGGAAUAGUUGAACAACCAAAUUUUGAGAAGAUUAGAACCAUGGCUUCUCUGGAAGACUACAAAGAACAUGAGAUUAGGGAUUUGAAUGUUGUUGAGAGUCUUUCUUUCAUGCCCCUUUGUGUUUGUUUGAUUGGGACAGCUCUGAUUUUCUUUUCUCAUAGGUUUUUUUAAUCACAUGGUGGAUAAUAAUGUCAUUUGUACUGUUGGUUUAUAUGUAUGUUUUUUGUUAGGGAGCUUUUCUUUCCAACUGCAGUUUAAAAAUUUCUGUGGCUAGAUUAUGAUUAACUUAGCUUGGAUCUGGAUCCCACUGACUAUGGUGAGGAUCUUCUAGUAGGAGAAAGGUAUGUCAGGUUGACCUAGCCAAAAUUAGUUGUCUCCUAUGUUAUAUCUGUUUGGGAGGUGGGUUCAUGGGAAUUCCUCUUAUGGUUUUAACCAUAGUUUUCUAUUAGCACCUAUUGUGUGCCAGGGGUUGUGUUAAGGGCUGUGGACAAGAUAUUCUGCUGUGUGUAUGAGUGUAUGUGUGUGUGUGUGUGUGUGUGUGUGUGUGUAUGUGUGAACUAAAUCAGUAAAGCAGGUAUUUUCACAUAUGAUAAAUGAUAUAAAAGAUUUUUUUUUUUCCUUAAGGGACAAGGUUUCUCUCUGUCACUUAGUCUGGAGUCCGGUGAUACAGUCAUAGCUCACUGCAUCCUCCACCUCCUG